AUGUAUCAUUCUCCCAGUCUUUAUUGCUCUCAUUUGGAUUCAUUACUAUCUCAAGAGGACGUCACUCUUGAUGAUGUCCUCGCCGAUCCGAAUGUAGUGGACGAAUGCAAAGCGGAAAAUAAAUCUCUACUGGCAUUGUACGCCAUCACUCAGUCACACUAUUUAAAACAGUUGGUCGAACACAGUGUCUGCGGUCCGGAUCAAACAGUCCCCGUUACGGAUCAGUUUCGACGGUGUCAUGUGGCAUCUGAACUGCUCAGUUCUGGCGUACCACGGGUCAGUUUUGCCCUACUACGCGAUCCGGACUCGUUGGAUGUGCUGUACGAUCGUCUGCACGAUCGCGGCUUGACGCAUUUAUCGGCCAGUUUUGUAUACAGAAUAAUCUCCUCCCUUAUUCAAUGUAGCAGUGAUGAGAUGCACAAGUAUUUCGCCGAGAAAACGGAUUUGUCUGAAUGCAUUCUAGCCAAUAUAGACAAACCGUCCAUCUUAGAUUUAUUUUACAAUUUAGUUCAAUCCCCAACAAAUCCGGAGAUCAGUUUGCAACUUUCCGAUUCAACACUGGUCUCAGAUCUUAUCGGUUUGCUCUCCGUGGAACAACCUGACGAGACCCACGCGUCCGUGAUACAAUGCCUCUGUGGCCUGCUCGCCUCUUCGCGUGCUUCUCUUUUUCCUCUGUCCGAUAUGUACAUGACGCGCCGGAAUCGACUGCAGGAAAAGUUGGAGAGGUGA